AUGGAUAAAUUCCGAAUGUUCUUCCAGCACUUCCAGUCCAGCUCGGAGUCGGUGAUGAAUGGCAUCUGCCUGCUGCUGUCUGCGGUCACAAUCAAGCUGUAUUCCUCCUUCGACUUCAACUGCCCCUGCCUGGCACGCUACAAUGCCCUCUACGGCCUGGGCCUGCUGCUCACGCCCCCGCUGGCCCUUUUCCUCUGUGGCCUCCUGGCCAACCGCCAGUCUGUGGUGAUGGUGGAGGAGUGGCGCCGGCCCCCAGGACACCGGAGGAAGGACCCAGGCAUCGUCAGGUAUAUGUGCUCUUCCGUGCUGCAAAGAGCGCUGGCCGCCCCCAUCGUCUGGAUCCUGCUGGCUCUCCUUGAUGGGAAGUGCUUUGUGUGUGCCUUCAGCAGCUCUGUGGACCCCGAGAAAUUUCUGGACUUUGCCAACAUGACCCCCAGCCAGGUGCAGCUCUUCCUGGCCAAGGUGCCCUGCAAAGAGGAUGAGCUGGUCAGGGACAGCCCUGCUCGAAAAGCAGUGUCUCGCUAUCUACGCUGCCUGUCGCAGGCCAUCGGCUGGAGCAUCACCCUAUUGCUGAUCAUCCUGGCCUUCCUGGCCCGCUGCCUGAGGCCCUGCUUCGACCAGACAGUCUUCCUGCAGCGCAGAUACUGGAGCAACUAUGUGGACCUGGAGCAGAAGCUCUUCGAUGAGACGUGCUGUGAGCAUGCACGGGACUUCGCUCACCGCUGCGUGCUGCACUUCUUUGCUAGCAUGCAGAGCGAGAUGCGGGUGCGGGGCCUGCAGCGGGAAUCAGGGGGCAGAGGGCCCGAGCCCCCCGAGAUGCCUGAGCCCCCAGAGGGCCCGGAUGGCAGAAUUGGCAAGGCCCACCUGCGUGUGGUGUCCAGCCGGGAGCAGGUAGACCACCUCCUGAGCACCUGGUACUCCAGCAAACCACCUCUCAAACUUGUGGCCUCCUCUGGACUCUGGGGAGGUGGCCUCAACCACCGUGCCCCCACAGUGGUCCCAGGCACCAGGCUGCCACAGCACACCGAUGUAUAGGGGCCCUGGCAGUGUCUCUGUUGCCGGGGCUGACAAGAAUCUGGGGAUUUUCCAGGCUGUGGGGAUC